AUGAAGCAAGAGAUAGCAAAUGCACCAGGUGGUGGUGGAGAAGGCCCUGCCUUUGCGGUUAAACUUCGGGGUUUGCCAUGGAGUGCGACGAAGGAGGAAAUUUGCAACUUUCUUGAGGAUCGAGCUGAUCCGGGCAGUGUUAUCAUUUGCCUUGGCCGCGAUGGUCGACCCUCUGGCGAAGCUUUUGUCGGCAUCUACGACGCUGAUAGCUACGAGCUCUGCAAAUCCAAGCACAAACAGCAUCUGGGCCGUCGAUACGUCGAGGUCUACGAGUCGUCCCCCGCCGAGUACAUGAACGCAUCCUACGACAACGACGAUGGCGCGGCAAAUAGCUUCAACGGCGGUGAAUUCAUCGUCAAAAUGCGAGGCAUGCCCUUCAGCGCGACUGAUCACGACAUUCGCGACUUCUUCGAGGCACAAGGCCGUAAUGGAGGCGGUGGUGCCGGCGGCCCAAUGCGCCACGGAAGAUCUGGCGGUUCAAAUCGCUCCAAUCCAUAUGGCGGCCAAUCCUAUGGCGGCGGUGGAGGCCGUAGUGGAUACGGUAAUUCAGCUCCUCAAGCGGAUUCUGGAGCCGGCUUGGACGAGAAUGGACAAUACAAACACAUUGUUCACAUGCGAGGGCUUCCUUAUCGCGCGACUGAGAACGAGAUUUCCGACUUUUUCCGACCCCUUGAAACCCUUGCUGUUCGAAUCAUCUUCAACAGAGAAAAUCGUCCAGCUGGGGAAGCCGAUGUAGCUUUCUACUCGCAUGGUGAUGCUCAAUCUGCGAUGGGUAAAGAUCGCCAGAACAUUGGAAGUAGAUACGUCGAGCUUUUCCUCCGAUCGAAAGACGAUGGACCUGAUCGUUGGGGAGGCGCUGGAGCAUCCGCAAGCGGUCGAAACUAUGGCGGCGACAAUCCAUACGACUCAUAUGGCGGUGGCGGAUACGAUGACAACUACGGCAGUGGAGGAGGAGGCUACGGAGCUGGCAGAAAUAGUGGCUAUGGAAAUAGCGGUGGUGGCGGCUACGGCGGUGGUGGCUACGGAGGUGGCGGCCGAGGCGGUGGUCGAGGAGGAAGCCGCGGUGGCGGUAGAGGAGGCUAUGGCGGAAGAAGGCAGUACUAA